CCGCGCAUCCCCCCACGUCUCGCGGGGCAUGAGCGAGCGCCGCCACGACAUGGAGCGCCGCCUGGUCCUCCUGCUGGUGUCCAUCAUCGUGGCGUUCUUCGUGACCAACAUCCCGGCGGCGGUGCUCUCCCUCACCUUCAGCGACGACAAGAGGAACAACCUCAACUUCCAGAUCUUCCGCGCCAUCGCCAACAACCUCGAGUUCCUGAACUUCGGUCUCAACUUCAUCCUGUACUUCCUCUUCAGCAAGGACAUUCGAAACGCCUUCACGACGCUCAUCAAGAGGGCGAUAGACCGAGUCAAGGAGGGGAUCGAAGGCUCGAGCAGCAAGUAUGCCGCCACCAAUCUAUGAUAACCUGAGAUGGCGGAAGUUUAGUUUAGUUUAGUCCUUGAUUUAAGAGCUCCGGCUUAACCGCACGGGGCGUGGGUGGAAAUUUGAUACAUUUGAUAUUUGAAACUAACAUUAUAUCCUAUUAUGCUAAAGUUUUAGAAUAUGAUUAUAUCUUACACUGUGUCAGUUACGAUAAAAAUGAUCACCUGGCUCUUUUACCUCAUAAUAAAUGGCCUGAAUGGAUGCGUCACUGGGAGCGAAGAGAUAGUGAAAUCUGGCGAAAAAUGUCCGUAGACUUUAUGGUAAGCCACGGAACGGGAGGGUGGUGAAAUCGGGGUAGAAUUCCCGUAGAUUAUUGAUUCUUGUACUAUUUCGUAAGAAAUGUGAUCUAGCAUGUAUAGUUCUUGAG